AUGUGUGCUAAAAAAGUUGUUGGUGUCUUGGGAGCCACCGGUUCCGUGGGACAAAGAUUCAUUUUGCUGCUGACAGACCACCCAGACUUCGAACUGAAAGUGCUAGGUGCAUCGCCCAGAUCAGCUGGUAAGAAAUACGUGGAUGCCGUGAACUGGAAACAAACUGAACUUUUGCCAGAGUUUGCCAAGAAUAUCGUCGUCACAGAAUGCAAAGCUGAGGCUUUCAAAGAGUGUGCUGUGGUAUUCUCAGGUCUGGACGCGGACUACGCCGGUUCCAUCGAAAAAGAGUUCAAAGAGGCCGGUUUGGCCGUCGUUUCCAACGCCAAAAACUACCGUCGCGAAGUGGACGUGCCUUUGAUCGUGCCAAUCGUCAACCCUGAGCACCUGGAGAUCGUGGGCCAAAAGCUCGACGCUGCGCAAAAGGCCGGCACCGGCAGACCCGGGUUCAUCGUGUGUAUCUCCAACUGCUCCACCGCGGGUCUCGUUGCUCCUUUGAAGCCUUUGGUCGACAGUUUCGGCCCCAUCGAACUCUUGACUGCCACCACUUUGCAGGCCAUUUCCGGAGCCGGCUUCUCUCCAGGUGUCUCUGGUAUCGACAUCCUCGACAACAUCGUGCCUUACAUUGGCGGUGAAGAGGACAAGAUGGAAUGGGAAACCAGAAAGAUUUUAGGUGCGCUUUCUGACGACAACAGCACCGUGGUAAACUUGCCCGACGAGCAGAUGAGAGUGUCUGCUCAGUGCAACAGAGUUCCUGUUUCCGACGGCCACACCGAGUGCAUCUCGUUCAAGUUUAAGAACCAGCCUCCUCCAUCUCUUGAACAGCUCAAGAAGUCCAUGAACGAGUACGUUUGUGCUGCUGCCAAGCUCGGGUGCUACUCCGCUCCAAAGCAAACCAUCCACGUCUUGGAACAGAGCGAUAGACCUCAGCCUAGACUAGACAGAAACCGUGACAAUGGCUACGGUGUCAGCGUCGGCAGAGUGAGAGAAGACCCAGUGCUGGACUUCAAAAUGGUGGUUUUGUCGCACAACACCGUCAUUGGGGCCGCUGGUGCCGGUAUCUUGAUUGCCGAAAUCCUACUAGCCAAGAACUUCAUCUGA